UUUGCAGCGAGUGUUUACAUUAUACUAUGCUCUGUCUCAACCAUAAUAGUUGUGAUGGCCACAAUACAAAGAGCAAGGUAUUUGUUUGACACUAAUGAGUACUACGUGAGAGUGAUUAAUGGGUUCACUGACAAUUCCUCUGUGCCUUUGGUGAUUUGGUGUUCUUCGGAGGAGAUGGAUCUGGGUGGGCGUGCCUUGCAAGAACAUGAUGACUUUAGCUGGGUGAUGAGACCUGGUUUUUGGAGCAGCAACCGCAUGAAGUGUACCAUGAAAUGGGACAACAUAAGGAAGAGUUUUGAGGCAUUUAAGGCUUCUAGAGACACACAACGUUGCGGCCCUCUUAGGAUGUGCUCUUGGAUGGUUACACAAAAUGGGUUCUAUUUUAGCAAUGAUGAAGUUAAUUGGAGAAAGGACUUCUUGUGGUGA